GGGAUGGGGAGGGCAGAGUGGGGAGGCCUGGGGCAGACCCUGACACAAGGGGCACGGGGCCGGGUGCGGGUUCACCACUGGCAGGCCUAGGUGAGCUAUGUUGCCGCAGCUGCUGCUCCUGCUCCUCUUGCUGCUGUCCCCAGACAGUGGCCAUGGCUGCCUCGGGCCAGAGCUGGACCGGGCACUUGUCCUGGCCAAAGUGAGGGCCCUGUUCAUGGAUGCUUUGGGCCCCCCCGCAGUGGCCGGGGAAGGUGGGGAUCCUGGAGUCAGGCGGCUGCCCCGAAGACAUGCCCCGGGGGGCUUCCGGCGCAGAGGCUGGGAGCCCAGGGAGGAGGAGGAUGUCUCCCAGGCCAUCCUUUUCCCGGCUACAGGUGCCAGCUGUGCGGACGAGCCGGCCGCUAGAGAGCUGACCCAGAAGGCUGAGGACGGCCUCUUCACCUACGUGUUCCGGCCCUCCCAGCACAUGCGCAGCCGCCAGGUGACGUCAGCCCACCUGUGGUUCCACACAGGACUGGACAGGCACAGCACAGCAGCCUCCAAUAGCUCCGGGCCCCUGCUGAGCCUGCUGGUGCCGUCAUCGGGGGUCCCCAUGGCUGUGCCCACAUCGGUGGGCCAGGCCCCCCCUCGCUGGGCCGUGCUGCAUCUGGCCCCCUCCGCCCUCCCUCUGCUGACCAGCCCCGUCCUGGUGCUGCUGCUGCGCUGCCCCGUCUGUUCCUGCGCAGCAGGGCCCGAGGCCACCCCCUUCCUGGUGGCCCACACGAGGGCCAGGCCGCCCAGCGGAGGGGAGAGGACCCGCCGCUCCGCCUCCCCGCUGCCCUGGCCGUGGUCUCCGGCCGCGCUGCGCCUGCUCCAGAGGUCCCCCGAGGAGCCCGCCGCCCACGCUGACUGUCACAGGGCAGCCCUCAACAUCUCCUUCCAGGAGCUGGGCUGGGACCGCUGGAUUGUGCACCCUCCCAGUUUCAUCUUCCACUACUGUCACGGCGGCUGCGGGCUGCCUGCCCCACCGGACCUGCCCCUGCCGGGCUCUGGCGCUCCUCCUACCCCAGUCCAACCCCUUUCUUUGGUCCCCGGGGCCCAGCCCUGCUGCGCCGCCCUCCCCGGGACCAUGAGGCCCCUACGCGUCCGCACCACCUCAGAUGGCGGUUACUCCUUCAAGUAUGAGACGGUGCCCAACCUGCUCACGCAGCACUGUGCUUGCAUCUGAGGGAGUCCUGCUGGGGGCCAGGCCCCCGCCCAUCAACAGCUGGAGGAAAGGGCCGAGCUCAGAAAAUGGAUGGCUCCCAUCUCCCCCUCCUUGCAUCCCUCUCUGCCUGAGGGCUCCCUGCCCCAUCCUGCCCCUGUCCCAUGGGUAACAUGUGACAAUAAACAACACAGUGCAUAUGA